AUGUCUGCCAUUGCCCCUGCAUCCACUCCCAAAGACAUCUCGGGGACGAAGCUUGAGCAUAGCUCUACCGCCAGCUCCGUCCGCCCGGGUGAGACUCAUGCCGUCGAAGACAGCGCCGUCCGUGAAUUCUACGGAAGUGCAGUCAAUGAGUCUUACCGUCUCAAGUCAGAGCUCAUCGCGGAGCAUCUCAGUGCAAUUGGCACUGGAAGGUUCCAAUGGUACCUCUUCAUCGUCAACGGUUGCGGCUGGAUGAUCGACAACUUCUGGUCUCAGGGCAUCACAGCCAUUCGUCCCCCAGUCGGAAACGAGUUCACAGACAUCAGCCGGCUGAGCUUCAGCUCUGUCGCUUACUACGUUGGCUUGAUCAUUGGUGCUUUCUUCUGGGGCACGGCAGCCGAUGUCAUCGGCCGUAAGCCUGCCUUCAACUCGACUAUUCUAUACGGAGGCAUCUUUGCUUGUGCCAGUGCUGGUGCGCAAAACUUCACUGCCUUUUGCGCUCUCUGGGCCGUUGUCGGCACUGCCGCCGGUGGCAAUGUCCCUGUUGACAGCAUCGUCUUCUUGGAAUUCGUCCCUCAGAGCCAUCAAUGGCUUCUCGUGACACUCUCUGCCUGGUGGAACCUCGGACAGGUCAUUGUAUCUCUUUUGGCAUGGGUUUUCCUUGCCAACUUUGCUUGCGAUGAUGCCACCAACUGCACGAGACAAGACAACAUGGGAUGGCGAUACCUCAUGAUCACUCUGGGCGGAAUUGCGAUUUUCCUUGGUCUUAUCCGUAUCUUCAUCUUCAAGAUCCCCGAGUCUCCCAAGUAUCUUCUUUCCCAGGGAAGAGACGCAGAGGCUGUCGCUGCGGUCAAUCACAUUGCCCGAUUCAACCGCAAGCCAGAGACUCUGACUCUUGAUCUCUUGCAAGAGAUUGACAACCGGAUCCAAGGCGCGUCGAAUGCCCCUCAGGUCACGCAGACAAUCGACGAAAUGGUUGCUGCAGCUGCCACUCCUCCCGCACCUGCGAAGCUUUCUUUUAUGGAUAUCAUGAGGGAGAACUUCAAGGACUUCAGCCUGGACAGCUACCGUACUCUCUUUGCCGGACGCAAGAUGGCACAGCACAGCGCUGUCACGUUCCUCAUCUGGCUUACCAUCGGCGUGGCCUACCCGCUUUACUUUGCCUUCAUCCCAUCGUACCUCGAGACAAAGGCCAGUUACUCUGCCAACACCUCCUUCAACUACACGUACAUGGUCUACUGCAUCGUGUCGUCCGUCGGCAUCGUUGGUCCGAUCGCUGCUGGAUUCCUUGUCGAGACUCGGUUCGGUCGUCGAUGGAUGAUGGCCAUCUCUUCUGUUCUUACAGGCGCUUUCCUGUUUGCCUACACCUCUGUUGGUACCCAGGCUGCUGAUAUCGGCUUCCAAUGUGCCACUGCUAUUCUCGGAAACUUUGAAUACGCCAUCAUGUUUGCUUUUACUCCAGAGUCUUUCCCAGGACCUGUCCGAGGCACUGGAACGGGUAUUGCUGCCACACUGCUCCGACUGGGUGGUCUUGCGGCCUCGUUCGUAUCGACCUAUGGUGGUUACACUGUCGUUCCCAUCUACGCCAGUGCAGCUCUUUGGAUUGUGGUCGGAUUCUUCUGCAUUGCGCUUCCAUAUGAGACCCAUGGCCAUGCUUCCAUUUAA